AUGGAGCGCGGUGCAGCCCGCGCCUGGCUCGCGCUGCUGUGGGGCUGCGCGCUGGCCGUGGCCGCGGCCGCGCAGGGGAAGGAAGUCGUCUUGUUGGACUUUGCAGCUGCGAAAGGGGAACUUGGCUGGCUCACGCAUCCCUAUGGCAAAGGGUGGGACCUGAUGCAAAAUAUCAUGAACGAUGUGCCCAUAUACAUGUACUCCGUGUGCAACGUGGUGUCGGGCGACCAGGACAACUGGCUCCGCACCAACUGGGUGUACCGCGAGGAGGCGGAGCGCAUCUUCAUCGAGCUCAAGUUCACCGUGCGCGACUGUAACAGCUUCCCCGGAGGGGCCAGCUCGUGCAAAGAAACCUUCAACCUCUACUAUGCCGAGUCGGACUUGGACUAUGGCACCAACUUCCAGAAGCGUCAGUUUAUUAAAAUCGACACCAUCGCCCCCGACGAGAUCACAGUCAGCAGCGACUUCGAGGCCCGCAACGUGAAGCUGAACGUGGAGGAGCGCUCGGUGGGGCCGCUCACCCGCAAGGGUUUCUACCUGGCCUUCCAGGACAUUGGCGCCUGCGUGGCGCUGCUGUCCGUCCGUGUGUACUACAAGAAGUGCCCAGAGCUGCUGAAGGGCCUGGCCCGCUUUCCCGAGACCAUUGCAGGCUCCGACGCACCCUCCCUGGCCACUGUGGCUGGCACCUGCGUGGACCAUGCUGUGGUACCAUCAGGGGGAGAAGAGCCUCGCAUGCAUUGUGCCGUGGAUGGAGAGUGGCUGGUACCCAUCGGGCAGUGUGUGUGCCAGGAGGGAUAUGAGAAGGUAGAAGAUGCCUGUCAGGCCUGUUCACCUGGCUUCUUCAAGUCUGAGGCAUCCGAGAGCCCCUGUCUGGAGUGCCCGGAGCACACACUGCCAUCGUCCGAGGGUGCCACCUUCUGUGAGUGUGAGGAAGGCUACUUCCGGGCACCCGAAGACCCGCUUUCCAUGCCCUGCACACGUCCACCUUCUGCCCCGCACUACCUCACGGCUGUGGGCAUGGGUGCCAAAGUGGAGCUGCGUUGGACGCCCCCCCAAGACCGUGGGGGCCGUGAGGACAUCGUCUACAGUGUCACCUGCGAACAGUGCUGGCCAGAGUCCGGCCAGUGCGGGCCGUGUGAGGCCAGCGUACACUACUCGGAUCCCCCACAUUCCCUGACCCGUACCAGUGUGACUGUUAGUGACCUGGAGCCGCACAUGAACUACACCUUCACUGUCGAGGCCCGCAACGGCGUCUCAGGCCUGGUGACCAGCCGCAGCUUCCGCACUGCGAGCGUCAGCAUCAACCAGACAGAGCCCCCCAAGGUGAGGCUGGAAGGCCGGAGCACCACCUCACUCAGUGUCGCCUGGAGCAUCCCUGUGCCCCAGCAGAGCCGCGUGUGGAAGUACGAAGUCACCUACCGUAAGAAGGGGGAUGCCAACAGCUACAAUGUACGUCGCACUGAGGGCUUCUCAGUGACCCUGGAUGACCUGGCUCCCGACACCACCUACCUGGUCCAGGUGCAGGCUCUGACGCAGGAGGGCCAGGGCGCAGGCAGCAAGGUGCAUGAGUUCCAGACACUGUCCACGGAAAGUUCUGCCAACAUGGCGGUGAUUGGAGGCGUGGCUGUCGGUGCCGUCUUGCUUCUGAUGCUGGCAGGAGUUGGCUUUUUUGUCCACAGAAGAAGGAAGAACCUGCGGGCCCGCCAGUCCUCUGAAGAUGUUUAUUUCUCCAAGUCAGAACAACUGAAGCCCCUGAAGACAUAUGUGGAUCCCCACACCUAUGAGGACCCCAACCAGGCUGUGCUCAAAUUCACCACCGAGAUCCACCCGUCCUGUGUCACACGGCAGAAGGUGAUCGGAGCAGGAGAAUUUGGGGAGGUGUACAAGGGGACACUGAAGACAUCCUCAGGGAAGAAGGAGGUGCCUGUGGCCAUCAAGACACUGAAAGCUGGUUAUACGGAGAAGCAGCGCGUAGACUUCCUGAGUGAGGCCAGCAUCAUGGGACAGUUCAGCCACCACAAUAUUAUCCGUCUGGAGGGUGUCGUCUCUAAAUACAAACCCAUGAUGAUCAUCACGGAAUACAUGGAGAAUGGGGCUCUGGACAAGUUCCUGCGGGAGAAGGACGGUGAGUUCAGUGUGCUGCAGCUGGUGGGCAUGCUACGGGGCAUCGCGUCCGGCAUGAAGUACCUGGCCAACAUGAAUUAUGUGCAUCGUGACCUGGCUGCCCGCAACAUCCUUGUCAAUAGCAACCUGGUGUGCAAGGUGUCUGAUUUCGGCCUGUCCCGCGUGCUGGAGGACGACCCCGAGGCCACCUACACCACCAGCGGUGGCAAGAUACCCAUCCGCUGGACAGCCCCAGAGGCUAUUUCCUACCGCAAGUUUACCUCAGCCAGUGAUGUGUGGAGCUACGGUAUUGUCAUGUGGGAGGUGAUGACAUAUGGAGAGCGGCCCUACUGGGAGCUGUCAAACCACGAGGUGAUGAAGGCCAUUAACGAUGGCUUCCGGCUGCCCACACCCAUGGACUGCCCGUCUGCCAUCUACCAGCUCAUGAUGCAGUGCUGGCAGCAAGACCGCGCCCGGCGCCCCAAGUUUGCCGACAUUGUCAGCAUCCUCGACAAGCUUAUCCGGGCCCCCGACUCCCUCAAGACCCUGGCUGACUUUGACCCCCGGGUGUCCAUCCGGUUGCCCAGCACCAGUGGCUCGGAGGGGGUGCCCUUCCGCACGGUGUCCGAGUGGCUGGAGAGCAUCAAGAUGCAGCAGUACACGGAGCACUUCAUGGCGGCUGGCUACACGGCCAUCGAGAAAGUGGUGCAGAUGACCAACGACGACAUCAAGAGGAUCGGGGUACGGCUGCCUGGCCACCAGAAACGCAUCGCCUAUAGUCUACUGGGGCUCAAGGACCAGGUGAACACAGUGGGGAUCCCCAUCUGAGCCCUGACAGGGCCUCAUGACCCCCCACCCCCGUCGGCCAACAAUACUUGAAGAAACACGGUGGCUCCCUGCCAGCUCUGCACUGGGCCACCAGGAAUCUUAUUUAUUUCCAGUCCCUCCUCAUCGGUGCGGCCUGAGGUCUCUACUGUGGGAUGCUCGGGGAUGCUGGGCAUCUUCCCUUGCAAAGGACCCAGCCAAGCACUUAGCAUGUGCCAUUGCAUUCCCAGCAUCCCCUGGGGCUGGAGUAUUGCCAACUUCGGCAUCUACAUGGGACAUUUCCAAAUGGACCUCCCCUUUGUCUUCCCCAAGAAGCCACCUUUGGAAGCUUGGAGUAGUCAGGCCAGGACCACAUGACCAGGGCACCUCAAGCCCCAUACUCUGUGAGAGGACAGAUCAUGAACUUGGCUGGGAGGGAACCACAGCCAUCCUUCAAACUUCUGUGCCUUCUACAGACCCCCGGGCCCUCCCCUCAGCCCUUGCGAGCCAGUCUCUUGCUUUCCUGGGGCCCUCUCAGGACGCUUGGUUGUGUUGAGGUUUUUUUAAAAUAUAUAUUUUGUACUUGUGGAGAGAAUGAAUGCACGGCAGGGACCCUGCCAGGGCUGAGGGCCCAGGACUUUCUGCGGCAGACAUUCCUUGGCUGGGGGGGGGGGGGGCUUCAGGCUUGCAGAGGAGGCUCUGCCGCCACCCAGCAGCAACGCCUCUUGCCCCUUUAGACGACUGUCACCAUGAUGUCAGUGUUACGGAUUUGUUUUGUUGGGUAUUUUUUUUCAAACCUUAAUUUAUUAUUUUUUUUAUAUUUAUUGUUAGAAAAUGACUUAUUUCUGCUCUGGAAUAAAGUUGCAGAUGGUUCAAACUCA